AUGACUAUUACCGCGGCUACUGCAUCUGGCUUAUUUCAUUACAAGGAAGCGUCUCUAUCAGAGGUUGACCUUCCAGACGAUGAUUUAGCAACCAUUCAACGUGUUAUCUCUUUUCUUUACCAUCAAGACUAUCAAGACACCAGCGAAGCGCAAGUCAAAAGUCGAGACUGUGCUCUGGAUCAUGAUAUAGAGCCCAAUGCAGCUAUGUGGAACAACCUUGGGGUGUUUAUAGCGGCUGAUAAAUUCGACAUUUCGACUCUGAAAGACCUUGCAAGAUCUCGAGUUAUUAAGUGGAUCGACAAAAAUGCGAGCAAGUCGCCCUUGAUUAUUGAAAAAAUCUGGACCACCACUCCACCACAAGAGAUUCUGCUUCGCGACGCCAUAACCAAGUCAAUUUCAUCAGAUGCCCACCGAUUUGUCACCCAUGAUGAAAGCAUGGAAGUCAUGCAAAACUCACCAGAUAUCACUAUUUCGAUUAUGAAGAAGCUCGUUGCCGUCAAUGAUACGAUGAAACUUCACAUUGAGCUUGGUAAGAAAAAAUUGUUACCGCGACGCUGA